AUGGGCAUGCAAGGAGAUGGCAUCCCUGGCGAGGAACCCGAGACGUUCACGUUCAAGCCGGAGGGUCGGAGCCGGGCGCAGACCAGCGAGGCCGACGCAUUGCUCCAGGGAAGCACAAGCGCACCAUCGCAAGCGACCCAACUUAUGAUGACGGUGGCUGAAAAUUCAGUCCGGGGCGGUUAA